AUGGCCCCGCAGGACCAAUACAUAGAAGAGGAGGAGGAUACAUGUCCGCUAUGUAUCGAAGAGUUCGACCUGACGGAUCGGAACUUCCGGCCCUGUCCUUGCGGCUACAAGGUCUGCCAGUUCUGCUUCAACAACAUCAGAAAUAACAUGAACGGGCUUUGCCCAGCGUGCCGACGACCCUACGACGAAAAGACAAUCCAGUAUAAGAUUGUGUCUCCCGAGGAAGCGGCCGACUUUGCGAGAAACAUCCAGAAGAACCAAAAGAAACGUGCUCAAGAACAGAAGCAGAAGGAAGCGCAAAAGCGUGAGGUUGAGAAAGAAUCCCGGAAGAACCUCAUCGGUGUACGCGUGGUCCAGAAGAACCUCGUUUACGUGACCGGCGUUGCACCGGGCGGCCGGGAAGACGAGCUGCUCAAGACGCUUAGGCGGCCAGAAUACUUUGGGCAAUACGGCGUCAUCCAGAAGAUCUCCAUUUCCAACCGGAAAUCCCCCGACGGUCAACACCAUUCCCUCGGCGUCUACGUCACUUUCGAGAAAAACGAAGACGCCUCCAGGUGCAUCCAGGCCGUUCACGGUUCAGUCAACGGAGACCGUGUACUCAAGGCGCAAUAUGGUACCACCAAGUACUGUUCUGCCUGGCUAAAGUUCGAGAAGUGCAACAACCCUUCUUGCAUGUUUCUGCAUGAGAAGGCAGAUGAGGAAAACAGUUAUUCCCGGCAGGACCUAUCCUCUAUGAACAGCAUCCUUAGCCAGACACAGCGAUCACCAAGCGCCGGCGGACCCUCGUCUGCACGGGCUGUUUCUCGACAGAUACCCUCCCAACCUACUCCACCCCCCCUCGCAGCCCAACCCCUACAACGCUCCUCGAGCAGAGAGGGAACGGACACUACCGUUGACUCGUCCGCACUGCCCUCGUCAGCAAGCUGGGCCCGCAACCCCCAGCGGAGCCGUAGGGGCAGUCACGCCACGACCGGAACUGCUUCCAGCCCCGCCGUGUCGACAUCUCUCCCCGCAACGAACGAGGCUGCGGAGCAGGGAUCUCUCCCCGCUACGAACGAGGCUGUGGAGCAAGGAUCUCUUGCCGCUACGAACGAGGCUGCGGAGCAAGGAUCUCUCCCCGCCACGAACGAGGCUGCAGAGCCAGGAGGUGAGGAUUUCUCACUCCCUGCUGGUAUUGUCUUUCCUGACCGGUGUACACGAGAUGAAGUGCGUUUCGUGUCUAUCGCGCUUCAAUCGAAGCGGCCGAGUAUUAAGGAUAUUUACAAGACGUUGGCAAAGAGCAUGGAAAUGUCGCGACAUUCCAACUUUCCCCCGGAGAAACGACACGGCCCCGAAUAUCGUCCGAUGUACGACACGCACGGCGCCGAUAGGCGCAGAGGCAUGCGAGAGGAGAAUCAAGCUGCCCGAGUCGGCGUUGGAGUCGAGCUGGGCGAAAACCAGGUCGCCUCUGAAGGCGAGCCUGAAAUUGGUGGUGGCAGUCUCGCUCUCGGCGGCGAACCCGAGGAACGCGACAUGGGUGGAGACGGACAUGGUUUCGAGCAGCGCCAGGCCCAGCCUCCCAUUCAGCGAGGCAGCACUGACGGCGUCCUGGGCGGUGCUCUGACGGGCUCUGGCUACGGUCUUGGUCCCAGUGGCAACCUGAAUCGGUCCAUGACACCUCAGCAAUUGGCGAUGAGGGGCCAGAGCGCUUACGGCGACCAGAUGCCGCCGGGCAUCUCGAGCCAGAACACCAUGUUUCAAGGCGCCGGCCACAACCGCCAGUCGUCGCGCUACAGCUUCGCAAACGAAAACUCGAACUCGGCCACGACUGUCAGGCUCGCCGGGAACUCGAGAGCCAUGGCCCAGCAGUCAUCGAUGAUGCCCAACUACCAGACGAACCAGUACUACUCGGGCGCCGUUGCCGGGCCGCCGCCCGGCCUCAAGUCGACGGGUACGCCUCCUAGCAUGUACAACCAGUUUGGUGCCGCAGGCAUGGGCGGACCCCCCCGGGAGUCAUCUACCGAGCUCCUACAGAACGUUGCUGGACGUAACCGAGGCGGUGGCAGCCAGCCCCACGAUGCGGGAAAGCGUGAGUACAUGAUUUCUUCUUAUCAAAACCACCAGUACCCACCUUCCUCUACCUCCACCCCAGCCCCCGCUGCCGGCCUCAUGGCAUCGCUCUACGGUACCCCUGGGGCAUUCCAAGACUUCGGUUCCAAGCAGAAGAAGAAGGGGAAGAAGCACAGACAUGCUAACACUUCCUCCUCUGGGGGGAGUGGCUUAGUCGAUCUUGUGGACCCGAGCAUCUUGCAAGCACGGAUGCAGCACCAGUCGCAGAGCAAUGCCGGAGUCGGCCAGGGACUGUUUGGAAGUCAGAGCCAAGCAGAUGACGAGCUCGCCUUUGACCCCGAGGCACGAAGCUACGUGGAUCAACUAGUCGAUGAUCCGCCCAACAUGGUCACCGCGGCCGGGGUUACGACUCCAACGACUGCUGGACCUUCCAUUCCCCCGGGUUUUGCUAGCUUCUACGGACACGCUGAGCCUUUGUCUCGGGCCUCGCCAUCGCCCACUCCUACACGUCCAAUCGGUGUGACUCCCGCGGUGCCGAGGAUACCGCCGCAGGGCUUUGAUCGUCGUGUUGUCUCACAGGGACAGACGGCGCAGAAGAGCGCCAGCGCCACGGCAUCAGAGACGCAGCAGAAAGGUAAAUUCGCGGCUAGCAACAGUGGCGCGCCGACGUUGAGCUUGGCGGAGCCAGUCCAGGGCCGGCAUCGGGCUGGGCUGUCGGCCGAGGAAUUCCCUACGUUGGCUCCGGCCGCAGCUUUUAGGAAACAGACCACAUCGCCAGCCAUCCUGACGAUGCCCUCCCCAUUUGUCGCUCCGGGCACCAAGAAGCAAGACAAAGGCAAAGCGCCCGAGAGACCGCCGCAGAAGGCAGCCGAGAAAGCUCCUCAGGCGACUCCGGGCACCUCCGUUCCCCCGUCUAAGCCCACAGGCAAGAAGGCGGGAAGUGCUACCCCCAAAGCAGCAAACAGGGGAUCAUCUGCGGACCCUGACGACGUCGUCAAGGGAAACACAUCGGCCCGAUCAUCGGCCCAGCCUGCUCUCCCAGUUCAGCAGUCUGCUCCCAGGGCCAUCCGAGUGAUACCGGCUACCAAAGCCGACAUCUCAAGCCAACCUUCUCCUGUCCUUUCGGUCGCGGCCAAGACGGCGGCGGGGUUCCAACGGCCAGACACACCGGGUAGUGAAAUGGUUAGUGACACAGCUAGUAUGGUGUCCGCUUCGGUAGACGCCUCUCGAGCAGGCUCGCCUCCGCCAGCUCGUGUCGGCACUGCAGCAGUUCGAGCCUCGACCAAGAGCUCUCAGCGCAAAGAGCGCAAGAAGGCCAUGAAAGAGGAGACGAAGAUCAUAGUAGAAACCCCCAAAUCAGAGCCGGAGGAGCACGCGCCAAUCGUCGGACGCAAGAAGAAGCAGAAGAAGGAAAAGCCGCCGAAGGCACCAAUUGCGCAGACUCAGGAGGAAUCUUCGCUUCCGACCAUCGGCAAGGGCGACGAGCCAACCAGCGUUGCCGGAAACGAGAUGGCCACCAGCACCAAGACCCCGGACGAAGCCGACACCAAGGCCAAGAACCGAGGCCAGAAGAAGUUGGCCAAAGCAAAGGCCAAGGAAAAGGAGUCGCAGCCGGAGCCGCCCGCAGAGACUUUGCAACAAGAGCCGGCCCCCGCGGCCAUGGAACCCGAGCCGGAAUCGCAAUCCCCUGAGCAAGAUCGACCCAACUUUCCUUUGGGCCAUAUCUUCUCGGCCAUACGGGAUCGACUCUGGCGGGGACCUCUUGGCGGCCUGCAGAUGCUCAGGACCGUCCAGGGCGAAGGACGAGGCAACGGACCACCGCGACAAGAUCACGGCGGUUCGAGCGGUCCAGCCAACAAAAGUGGCUACUGUAAGGACUGUGCGUGUAAGUGCGGCGAGAUCAGCGAGAACGACCUCGCGAUGCUCCGUGCGGGGAAGCCGGUUCGGAAGCAGUUUCACAGCGAUGGCAGUAGGAUGAUGAUUACGCCUAAUGGAGACUGCGUCCGCUCCCUGACACCCGAAGAGGAGGACGCGUUCCUCGAGCUUCAGGCGGCCAUUGCCGAAACCGCCGACAACCCGGGCGUGUUUGUUGCGCCUCGCCACCAGCCCGGCAGCGGCGCAUUCUCUCUCAUCAAAGGACGGGCCGUCCCCAAUGGCCGCCCCAACAUCUUUCCGGCCACGUCGCAGCCUCAGUCCCAGGACCCGAUUGGCAAGAUGCAGCGCGAAGACGCGCUCAGCUACAUCAACCAGUACGUCCUGCCGCGUCUGAAUUUGGGCGCCAGCAACAUGGGAUUCCCUAAGGGGGCGUCUCCAGCCCGCGACUCGGCCGCGGCCAGCCUCAACUCGCUCGCGCCGUACUUUUACGGGCCGGACGCGGCCGCCGGCGUGGGCAUUUACAGCGCGCCCGAGGGCGCCCGCGCGAUGCAGGACUUUACGGGCGGCGCCGGGUUCGUGCCGCACGGCGAGGACGGGCCCAAGAUUCCCGGCGGCAGCAGCAGCUUCGGUGGCAUGCCACUCAUGAGCGUCGAAGACGCCGAGAUGGCCUUGGCGGCCGCCCGGAAGGAGACGGAGAAGCUUGAGAAGGGCCUCAACGCUGUCAUUAAGCGUAACAGGCGCCUGCUGCUCGGGUCCGGCAACUGA